AUGGAUAUUUGCUUCGGUUCAUUCCUUGUCAGUGGAGUCGCUAAAGGUCAACUGCUUCGAAAGUAUGCUAAUUUAGAUCAAAUAGUCCGAUUACGGAUGGGUACUAGUCAGUCACAGUGUCGUCCACAAUCAUAUCAACAUUAUAAUAAUUACUUUGGACCAACAUGGGGUCCGGCGCAUGGUGCAACACCAACAGUUCGACUCGGUCUUCAGCAUCACCACCAUCAUCAUCAUAUGAGAUCGGGAUUUGGUUUUGGUGCACCACGACCACAUAUACGCCGACGUUGUUAA